AUGGAUAAAACUCAAGAAACUCUUAAACUUCUCAAGCCCAAGCCAGCCUACAAAAUCAGGCCAAGUAGCGAUGAUUUCAUGAAAAAUAAGAAAAAAGUUUCCGGUAAUGCCCUCAAACCCCUUUUGAAGAAAGUUAUAUACAAAUACCCGUUAAAGAAGUAUGAGAUGCCCCAAAAGUUGUUAACAUUAUUUGAAAUGAAUGCCUUUAAACAGCUUAGCACUCAGUUGGAUGACAAAAAUUAUAGUAAGUUUUUUAGUGAACUACUCUAUGCAGAAGAAUACAAAACGAACGAAGAGCUCAAAAGAUAUGACCGACAGAAAGUGGAACUAGUACAAUCGAAUAAUCCUAGGGAUCAUUUUAAAAUGAAAAUGGGUAAACGCGCACUCGCGGAGAAGCGUCCGUCGGUACUUCCCGGUGACUUUAUUUUCGUCGUGAAGUGUGGAGAAAAGAAAGCAGAAGCAUACCAAGGGUUCGUGAUCGAGGUCCUUAAAAGUAGCAUUGUCGUGAAGUUUGAUGUAUCAUUUUUACAGAAAGUGUACAAGUCGAAUGUGAGGUUCGAUGUCCGAUUCACCUUUAAUCGUAUAUCAAUGAGAAGGAUGCAUCAAGCCAUCACAAAUACCAAAAUGGACUUUACUCGUUUGUUCCCUCAAAACUAUCCAAAGCACACUGCAAGUGAAAAAGUAACUCAAGUAACCGAAUUCUACAAUACAUCGAAUUCUUUGAAUUCUUAUCAAAACCGUGCGGUAGCUAUCAUCAAAUCAGGAAAUCACCAUCCCUGGCCAUUUAUUGUCUUCGGAAAGUCUUCCACUAUUGUCGAAGCAAUGUGUCAGCUUCUGGAUGAUAAUUCGAAAACCAGGAUUCUCGCCUGUGCUGCAUCAAAUGCGGCGGCCAAUUGGCUAUUGAAAAAGUUAAGUGAACGUUUGACUUCCGAAAAAAUGGUUCGAAUCAACGCAUUUUCGCAGGAACCUGAAAAAUUAGAUCAGAAACUUCACAGUUAUUGUGUGAUUCAAAACGGCAAAUACGAGAUUCCGAACGUGACCUAUAUUGAGGCACGCCAGAUUAUUGUGACCACUUGUAUCACUGCGGGAACUGUGUAUUCGCUUGGAAGAACGAAGGAGUACACGCAUAUCUUUAUUGAUGAGGCAGGACAAGCAUUGGAACCGGAAAUCGUAACUGCGCUGCAAAACGCUUCUGAAAACACAAAGAUUAUUAUAGCAGGUGACCCGAAGCAACUAGGUCCACUUGUCCGUUCUUCAAUCGCGUUAGAACUUGGUCUUGGAAAAUCUCUGAUUGAACGCCUUGAGGAAAGCGAAUUCUAUGAUUUUAGCGAUACUAGUAUAUAUGGUGUAAAGCUCCUAAUGAACUACCGCUCACACCCAAAAAUUUUAAGCUUUCCUAAUGUUAUUUUUUAUGGAAAUGAUCUUAAGCCUUCAGCCGACAAAAUAACCACUCAUAACUUAUGUAACUUUUCCCUCCUCCCUAAAAAGAAUUACCCGAUAAUAUUCUGGGAUGUAAAAGGCAAAGAAGAUCGUGAGGGCCAAUCUCCAUCUUGGUUCAAUGCACGCGAGGCCCAUUAUGUGUUAUAUGUUGUGAAGGAACUUCAGAAGGAAAACGUUAAACCAGAAGAAAUUGGCAUCGUCACUCCCUACGUUAAGCAGGUUGAAAAGAUAAAGAAGUUGUUAAAAAAUAAAGAUAUUUCUGGGGUAGACAUAGGUACUGUGGAGAAAUUUCAAGGCCAAGAAAGACGCGUGAUCAUUAUUUCUACUGUUCGAACAGAAUCUGUUAAAUUCCUUGGGGAACCGAGACGAUUCUGCGUUGCUGUAACUCGAGCAAAGGCUCUUUUGGUGGUAAUAGGGGAUGGAGAUGCGUUGUCUAAUAACAAUCUUUGGAACCAAUGGUUGAAAGAAGUAAAGGAAUAUGGUGGAUUUUUGAAGAAACGUCUUCCCUAA